UUGAUUUGCCAUCACUAACAGACAGCGUGCCGGCUGGCCUGUUGACUUUCAUAACACAUUUUGAAUUGUUGAUGACUUAAAACUUGGUUAAAACUUAGCUGAUAAGUAAUUCCAUGUGGAACAGAACGCGAUGCCUGUGGAUGGGCGUUGGUCAAAGGGCGACGUCAGGCCGUCUCCUUUGUCGGCAUAUUCGAACCUCAGUGGCCGCGCCGGCUAAGAUGUUUGUGGACACGGAGAAUCAAUUUGCGCAUGGGAUUCUGGAGGAAUCCAGCAAACCAUAUCAAAUAUUAAGGAGUAGUAUGAUGGCUGGUGGAGUACUCAGUACCAAGAUGACCACUACGCAGGGCUGGCUGGUCGGAGCAAACCGGCAUGAUGAAAAACCGGAUUCGUUGUAUGCCGACUUUCUGGGCUUAGUGGAGCAUUGUCAGAGCACAAAUACCCAGUUAAGUGAACCAUGUUUCAAGGAUUUUGUACGCAAUCUUUGCGACCAAAUGCAUCAUUUCACUGAUGACCAACUGUUGGGCCUGUUGCAUGGCCUGAGCCAAUUGCCCACACCCGAAUCAACAAAAUCCCCAAACUAUAUGGAACUGUGGAACACUCUGGACAUUGAAUGCUGCAGACGCAUUGAGCGCUGGCCCACCAACCAAUUGCUCCUGGUGAGCGAUGCCUGGUAUCAAUUGGGUCUGGCCAGGAUUGGUGAGUACGUUUGGCAGGCCCUGCGGAAGCUCGGUCGCAAAGUGAGGAAACUGCCACCGGAGCAGCUGGUGCAGUCCAUGUUCCUGUGCAAUCUGCUGCGACGUCCUGUAUUCGAGAUGUUUGACUUUGAGAUGAAUCUGGCUCGCUGUGUCAACGAUAUGACGCUCCAGGAACUGGGUGUCAUGGCCAUGGGAUUCUUUAAGACUCAGACACCCAUACGGAAUCCUGAGCUACUGGCUCAGCUGUAUACACGAUUAGAGGCUGAACUGGAUACGGUAGAGGAUAUCACAUUGGUAGCCAUGCUAAAGGUUCUACGAUACAGCAGUAAAUUGCCGCAGGUCGAGGCACUGCACCGUUUACUCCGUUCGCUGCAAUCACAAGUAGAGCGUGUCUCCCUGCUAACUUGCCUACACAUGGCCCUGCUGGGAUGUGAACUCCAGACCUGUGAUGAUCAACUGAUCGAGAAGAUUCUAUUACGUUUUGAACGGCAGCUGGACGAGACCCGUCUCAAGGAUAUGGAACGUAUCUGUCUGGCAAUGGGCUUGUUCAACUUCACAAGUUCCUCGCAAGUGGAGCAACGUUUAAUCCAAAGUCUGCCGCAACUUUUGCGUCAACGAUUGGACGAAAUAGUUCGACAUCCACGCUGCUUUACCAAUUGCCUGCAAUUCAUCUCGAUGCGAGGUAUUCACGAUUUGGAGCUACUAGGCGUGGCCAUGGAGCCUCGUUUUAUACGCCACACAUAUCCCAGUGGCCUGCCCGGCAGGGAUUAUUUUCACCUGGACACCUUUGCCCAGCUGCUGGGUGAAAAAUAUCAAGGAUCCCGCCUCACUGACAAACAACGCCAGCAAAUGGGCAAAAUGUACACCCAAUAUAUUCCCGCCAACGAUGGACGCUUCAAAUUGAAUAGCACAGAUCGAAUUCUGGUAGAGAUUCGUGACUCGGCCGCUCCACUCUUUCGCGGCUUAAGUUUUAAACACAUUUUACCAAAUUACGAGAGGUGUGAUCUGGUAAUAUGUUAUGAUCGUGCCCAACAGCGAUCGUUAGCCACUGAUUCUACCAAUUGUCCUGCGGACUAUAGUGGUAUUGUGCUGACCAGAGAGCAUCUACUGGGGCCAGAGACCGCAGCAAAUGCCAAUGUUGACACUGUGGCCAUUGUAAUUGCCGGCUGGAACAAUGUGAUAAGGGAAAAGAAUCGUUUUACGGGCCAAUUUGCCAUGAAGCUAAAGCAGCUUCGGCAAUUGGGUCAUAAACCAGUUGUGAUCUAUUGGCAUGAAUGGCGAUCAUUGGAAACUACAGCGGAUCGUCAGAACUUUUUAAAACGUCGUUUACGGCAAGAUGCAAAUAUUUAAGGAGAAGAGAAGCUCUUUGGUGGUUUUGUGGUUUUUAGUUUUUCUAUCGUAGUCACAUGGUAUAACAAAUUUACUGGCAACACUAAAAAGAUCUAAGCCUAA